ACAGGCAUUAAUUGCAAGCAGUGAUCUGUGCAUGUGGUCUCCGAGUCCGUCCACUUUCACGCGCUGUUCCACUGAAAAGUAGGGAUCCUAAUUAAGAAAACUGCAUCGUCGAAGGAAACGAGAACGAGGCGAAAAAAUAUUAUUUAACGUGUGCUUUCAGCCUUUCUUCAUUUCGCGCUCGUCCGUCUGCAAAACAUCGACAUGGAAAGCACCUAACUUUACGAACCACGACAACUGGAACUGGACGCCGCUCAUAAAUGAAAUACUGAGGAUGAGAACUAGAGGCGUUAGGGACGGUAAACACUUGGUGUCGCCAUCCUGCCAGCCUGAGGUCCCUCUUGAACGCGUGACCCUGUGAGCGAGCCAGGUGUGAUUUCGUGAGCUAUUAGCGAUGUUUUUGCAUACCUAAUCAAAUAAAUUGUGCCUACGAAAGCAGAAAUAUCUGCUGAGCGAAGCACAUCGAAAAGUCUAUUCUGCUUCAAGUGUGGUGCCAUUUCAAACGACUUAAGCCAUGAAGCUACAUGUUUAUCUCUCAAUAUUGCUUGUCACGUUGUUCUCAUAUGCUUUGGUGGACUGUGCAAAUGUGCCUUCUUGUGCCCACAUGAGUUCAUGGUUUCCUGGGACUCCUCCAUCAAAUCAUUCAGAAAAUUUGCCUUAUCAGCUAAGUGUCCAUGGGCAUACUGAAUAUGGUUACUUUCCAGGGAGCUCACACACAGUUUACCUGAAUGGUUCCAAGAGUUUUGUUGGAUUUAUUGUUUAUUCUGAGAACUCUGUGAAAAAUUACACCAAUGGACGUUUUGUUCAAGAAGAUUUGCCCUCUGGGGUUGAAGAAGUUAGCUGUGGAGAUCUCUAUAUCAUCCAAAAUUCCACUUUGUCUGGAAACUGGACUAGUGUGAAGAUGAUUUGGAAGUCACCCCAAAGUUAUAAGGCUGGAAACAUUACAUUCAGAGCAAGUGUCUUGGAGAGCACAAAUCCUCUUGUUUACUAUGAAGGAUUUAUCGCUCACCUGAAAUACCUGUGUCCAUCACUAAAGUGUGUUCAAUGCCCUACUGGUGUCUACAGAUAUGACAGUUAUGGAUGUAACACUUGUCAGUGUAAGUAAAUUGUGCGACAAAGAAAGGGCAAAAGGAAUGAAA